CGAAAUAAAAAUUACUAGAAGGACUUCUUAGGUUAUGUAGAUUCAAUCACGAAAAAAGAUGGCGUAUAUGUAAAAUUCUAUGAUAUUAAAUGUGGUUGAGUUUGUGUCAAGUAAAUUGGAUUGUGGAAGGUUAUGUUCGUUGUAGUCUCAAAGAAUAAAAUAUUAUACUUGUAGUGUUAAAUUUGUUGGAAAUAUUGUUAAAAAAAUUAAAAGCUGUAGAGAAUAUUGAUUGAGCAUAAAAAAUAAUAAUGAAUAACUCAAAAAACGUAAUUCGUUCAUUUUUCGGUUUUAGUACGUUUGUUCUUUUUCUUUAUUGCAUGAAAGUGUCAAGUGUACUAAGUGUACCAACAGCCCAAAACAUUAUAAAUGUAAUGAAAAAUGAUACCGAACUUUCCUGUAAAAUACCAACAUUUUUGUACGAAAACAAUAUUACAGAAGAAUGUAAUGAUGUAGCAUAUCCUGGACAGAAUAUCACUUAUCAACGUGAUAUAAAAUCUAUGAAUACUUUUUUAUGUUUGGCAUUUUAUGAUACACUAUAUAAAGUCUGUCAGUCUAGUCAACACUAUAAGUAUCUUACUAAUGUGACUACGUUUUACUCAUAUAUUCAUAAUUUCUUCCCUGGAGAAAAAGAAAGUGACCAAACUAUAUUUUGUAAAAAUAUCAAGGAUAUUAAAUUUGCAUAUAAAAAAGUAGAACCGUUGUUAUCACAUGUACAUUUAAAUAGCUCUCAUACAUGCUAUUUAAUAUGUUUUGAUAUGUCAGAAAAAUUUAUUCCGCUUUGUGCAAUAUUAGCAUGGAAUAAAAAUAUUGAUGAUACAAAACAAAUGAAUAAGAAUUUAGAAAAAAAGCCUGAAGAUGUAUUGAAGAUCAAAAUAAAGACAAAUCAGGAAGUAGAAGAACAACAGUUUAGUCCAAUAGCAGAUAAAACUUUUAAUGGAAUCUCUAAAGAAAAUGCUGAUAAUAUUAAAAGUAAAAUAGAUAAACCUACUACUAUAAAUGUAUUAUUACCAAAAAAACAAAACAGUGCUAAAUCUGUUAUAAAAUCUAAUACUAACAACUAUAGUAACAUUCAUCAGCCGAUUGUCACAUAUACAACAGAAAAAAAGAUAGAAACAAAUGUUGAAAAAGCCGAUGUUCCUGAAAAUUUAGGCAUUGCAUCUAACACUGAUGGUAAAAUUGUAGAUGAAAAAGUAGAAAAAACUAAUGUAGAUAUAAAUAGUGGAGUUAAAGGAAAUAUAAAUGAUGUUAACGAAGAUGUCAAAACAAGUACAAUAUCAGAAAAUACUCAGGAUCAUCAAAAUCCUAUUAUUAAUGAAGAUGGAGACUGGAGUCGCAUGGAAGAUAACAAAUUAUCUAUUGUAGCAGAUCAAAAUCAACAUAUACCAGAACCAUCUGAACAGAGAGAUAUUAUACCUCAUUAUAGCAUUAGGACAGAUGAAGAGUCCCACUUUUUUACUUACUUCACUGUAGUUUCUUUAAUCUCAAUAGCUGCGUACAUUGGUUAUCAUAAUAAACAAAAGAUAUUAGCCAUUGUAUUAGAAGGACGAAGAUCACGAAACAGCCGUGGUAGACGACGACCAAGUACUGCUAAUUAUCGUAAAUUAGAUUGUACACUAGAAGAAGCAGUUACUUCACAGUGUAAUGCAAAUGUGACCCAUGUCAUAUAUUAAUGCAUAUAUCCAACUUUAAAGCUGUAUAAUAGCACUUGUGUAACAUAUUUUGUAUUCAAGUAUACUUCCAUUAUAAUAUGAGUUUAUUUUUGACAAAUUAAUUCUUUAUUAGUGUUCCACUAAUUGUUAUCAUGUUAGAGCUCACUAUUACUAAAUAACAUAGCAUUCAAUCGUAGGUUACAAUAGAUAGAUUUUUAAAUUUUCGAUGUAUAUUUUUUUAUUUUUAAGUUUCUUUGAGUUUCUAAUAUUUCUUGUAAUUUAGUGUCUUAAUUCAUUACAAGUACAAUAAAAGAUUAUUUUUAUUUUCGUUAUAUUAUUGAUAUUACAAGAAAAGAAUGUUAAUCUUAUUUAUUUUCGAAUAUGUAAUUAAUUUUGAACUUAUACUAUAUGUUAAUUGUGUAAUUAACAUAUAGUAUAACUGUAAAACUAUAUUAAUUAUAUUAUAUGUUAAUUGUAUAAUUAACAUAUAGUAGUUUUACAAUUUUGAAUUUAUUAGAAAUUUUAAUUUGUUAUUUCAUAUAUAUAAUUACUUAUUUCUUUUCGGAGUUAAAAUUUUUUCGGAGUAAUAAUAAAAACAUUAUUAUAUGCAUGAUAUAUUUCCAAUAGUAUAAUCUAUAUUUCAGAGAAUAAUUUCAAUAUGGAUUUUUUUUCCAAUAUGGACUGAAUUAAAUUGUACUAUAAUUAUACUAAAUCGAAAGCAAUGAUGAAUGUAAAUAUUAAUAUAGAUCAAUGAAGUACUAAUUAAAAAAAUAUUUACACGGUAUAUCUAGGCUUUUUUAAACAAAUGUUGAAUGCAAACAAUAUCAAACAUGGUUCGUGUAAUGUCUCGUUCUUUUUUUUUUUUUUUUUUAUUAGUUUCUAAUUAAUUUUACUUUAUUGAUUUUUUUUCAACUGGUUGUUAUAUUUGUUCACAAGUUGUAUAAGCGUAAAAGAAGUAACACUAGAAUUUUAUGAUACGUUUUUGCAAACAGUUCCUUCGAUGAUAUAUAUAUAUUGUAUAUUGUAGUAUUAAUUCUAAUCCUAAUUUUUAUUUUCAAUACGGCAUGACUAAAUGUUAUAUUCCAAGGAAAGCUUUAUAAUUCCAUGUCACAUAUUCGUUAUUUCGAAAAUUCGAAUGCAUUAACAUUAAUGUGAGAAAUAUCUAAGCAAUACUAUUUAUGUAUAUGUAUGUACUAGAUUUAAGUUCUCUCAGUGCACAAAAUAUUCAGGUGAUUAUACUGAUAUCUAUGUAUUUAUAACAAAUCCAAACAAUCGAUUCAAAUGAGUUAUAUAUUCAUCGAGACUUAUACCAAAUUAAUUUGUCAUGAUUGCAAAUACCGUCCACUUGUACACACAUAUACGAUAAAAAUAUUAUUGUAAGUUCCGACAUCGAGUAUGUAAUAAAUUUCGUACAACAAACUGAACAUUAUUGUACGUAUAUACUUUCACAAGGUUAUUUUUCAUUGUGAGAUCGAAAUAAUUAAUGUUUCCUCAUUUAAUAUUCUUUUACAUAUUCUUUUCAGACAUUUAGAGCGAUAAUAUAA